UUGAAUAGCUUGUUGUCUCAUCAACUACCUUGUUAAAUCAAAUCUCUAUCACUUUGUUCUUCAAAAAAUUUCCGUUUUCUCUUUGUUUCUUUUGUAUGGACUAGAGUCACUAUAUAUGACACUAAAGAUUUCAAUGGCAACUGGCAUGAGGGAGACGCUGGUGGAUGAGAAGAUCUAUGUCGCAGUGAGAGAGAGAGAACUAAAGAGCAAGACUGCACUCGUUUGGGCGAUACAGAACAGUGGAUGCAAAGAGUUUUGUAUUGUCCAUGUUCAUCAACCUAUCCAGAUCUUAGUCCCAGGAGCGAUGUCCCACUACCAGAAAUUGAAGCUUCAUAAAAAGAAGAAAGAGAAAGUACAUAAGAAUUUGGACAAGUACCUUCAUAUAUGCAUGCAAAUGCAGGUCACUGCAGAGAUAAUAUAUAUUGAAAAGGAUUCGGUAGAGGAAGGUAUCCUCCAAUUGAUAUCUCAGCGGGGAGUUAGGAAACUCGUCAUGGGAGCAGCAGCUGAUAAACACUAUUCAAUGAAUAUGAGAGACUUACAGUCCAAGAAAGCUAUUUACAUUAACAGAGAAGCGCCUGCUACUUGUCAGAUAUGGUUUACGUGCAACGGAUACCUAAUUAGUUCAAGGGAAGCUAGAAGAAGAGAUAACUUGUAUCUAGAAGGUGCAUCUUCAAAUUCUUUGAGCCAAUCUGAGAUAACUAGAGGAACUGAAAGUGUUCCAAGCUCAAGUAUAACUAGAGGAACUGAAAGUGUUCCAAGCUCAAGUAUAACUAAAGAUGAGAAUCAGAUUCGGAUCCAAGUAGCUGUCGAGGAAGCUGAGAAUUCGGAAAAGGAAGCACACUUUGAGGCAUACAAGCGUGAAGAAGCUGAAAAAGCUGCAGUUGAUGCAAUCAAAAGGGCUAAACAAUCGGAAAAUGAGUAUUUUGAGGAGCUGAAGCAUAGGAGAGAAACAGAGAAGGCACUGAGUAAAGCGAAAGAAGAACUUGUAAAGAUGAGAUCAGAAUCCGAGAGCCGAAUAGCCGAAACUAAUAUGGUGACAAGAAAGCUUCAAGGCAGUUAUAUCUUAUCCAUGAAAGCAUUGAAAAGACUUAGAAAAGAACUAGAAGAGUUGAAGAUAGAGCUUAGAGAAGUAUCAAAGCUGAAGAGUAAGCGUGAACCGCCUCAGUACUUCAUCUGUCCCAUUACACAGGAUAUAAUGGAGGAUCCACAUGUAGCAGCAGAUGGAUUUACAUAUGAAAGAGAAGCAAUAAGCGGGUGGUUUGAGAGAGGACACGAGACUUCUCCGAUGAUAAACAAAAGGCUUCCUCAUAAGAGCCUGGUUCCAAAUCUUGCUCUUCGAUCCGCAAUCCAAGAAUGGCUUCAAGCUUCAAGCUUCAAGCUCCUGAAUCAUUGAACAGAUCCCCUGCUUGUAAAGAUAUAAAUCAAAAAGGAAUUUUCUUUUAAGUCCUUAAUUAGUGGGGAUAAUUAAGGAGACUCUUUUCUCCGUUUCCUCUCAACCUUGAUGUAGUUCUCUCUUAUGGGUUUUUUUUUGAUAUGGUAUUGUAAAGUCUUUUACUUACUACUAGUCGGUGUUGGUUGGUAUGAGUCACACUCGUUUGUGGGAGACGGCUUUGGAUAUUAGUAGACAAUAAUUUUUGAUCACUUUUGA